AUGUCCAUCUCGCAUCUGCUCGACAUGAUGGUCUGCCUUCUAACAGUCGGCAGGUCUGCCAUAGGACUGACAAUCUGGGACAUCAGACCUGAGACUUCCACUCCUACAUCUGGCAGGACUAUCGUUUCUGACUCAAAUCUUGAGAGCUGUUCGAGAAUUUGACGAAGCAUCACGCGAAAGCAUGGCAGAGUCGAGCUGGUUGGUUGUCGACGACGAGUUGAGCGUAGAGUGCGAAAAGGACAUUGAUCAUCGCGCCGCAACACCACUACAGCCGGAUAACCAAAUCAAGGCUGUACCAGAUCGAAAAGAACGCGAACUCCCAGUACAAGAUUCGCCUACAGAAACUUCCGACUCAGAAUCAUCUACGGAUUCUGAUAGCGACACUGACGACUCCGAGAACCCAGUCAGGGGUAGUGUAACACGUCGCAUCCCGAUCUGGGGCACCUUCAAGCACUGGUCUGCAACAAUCCUACGCUUUCUGGUAUACUCGCCUUUUAGAAAUAUGUUCGUGCAGCUGUUCACCUCUUCUCGUGCCCCAAGCACAACGAUCGCGCCUGUGAGGAAGCCGCCAACCCUCGUGGAACAAUGGGGAAAUCGUAACCCCAACUUUUCGUUUGCACUCACACACAAGAGCAAAAAGCUCAAGCCAGGCUAGGGAAAACAUCACCUGUUUCACAUUAUCUGCGCGACCAAGCAGAACAAGAUUUUCUCACCACCUUUGAAUUCUAUUCAUACUCCGACUUGGGACUUGGGAGGGUUAAUCGAGCGUAGUUUAUCCAUUGGGGCAAAUCACUUAAUCCUGGGAUGGCUCUUACCUCAUGUACCAAGUAGCCACGAAGUGAAUGAUUCAUCCAAAUUCAU